CGCUGGCGGGCGGCGGCCAUGGCGUACCUCCCUCCCCACAAGCGCCAACCCAGCACCACAGCCUCCACGCCCAUCCCCGCACCCAACCCGCCACCUCCGUCCCUCUCCUCCUCCCUCCGCUCCCUCUCCCUCUCCUCCCCGCGCGGCCGCGGCCGCGGCCGCGGCGCAGUCGGACGCCACCCGCUCGCUUCUACAAAGAUUUUCCGCGCUGCCGGCUGCAUCUCACGUUGGUUCCCUCUACCUCCCUUCUCCCCUGCCGGCGACGGCGAGGAGUACAUCCUACGCCUCGAGCCCUUCCCUUGUCCCCCCAUCGAGCACAGGACCGGUGCCAAACCCCUUGCCCUUGUCGUCGCCUCCACCCCAGGACAAGGCUCUUCCGGCUCCACUGCGGCGGCAGUCACCUCCAUCGCCGAGCAGUUUCUUCCCGAUCUCCUUGCCGCCGCGGAGAGGGUCAAGGCAGAAGGCGCGCCUAAGGAUGAGUUGGUGAAACUGAGUCUCGUUGCAAGACUGGGAACGGUGCUCUUCGAGUGCCAGCCAAUUCGACGAUUCAUCGUGAAUUAUGUAUUCAGCGGUGGAUCGCCCGUUUCACUGGACGAACUCCGUCAGGCCGCUAAAGCAGGGGAAGAUGGUUCCAGGAGCCAGUUGCGUAAAACGUUCUACACCAGUUUGUCUAGUGAGUGUCUGGAUGAUAUGGAGCGAACCAUGGUAAAGAGGAUUGGGCUGGAUUUUGAUUCGUCCAAGAAGCACUAUCAUGUGAAGGUUUCUGACAAGAAUCGAAGUGAUUCUACAAUAUCUUGCAAAUGCACCGUGGAGGAAGAUGGGAGUCUUGCUAUCCAUAAGGUUGAAUUGAAUCAGGUACGGCACUUGGUGGAAGACAUAUCCUGUCUUUUCAAAGGUCUUGAUCUAAGGUUGAUGUUGAGUAAGAAAAGGAUCCUGAAAAACCUAGAUUCUGAAGUGGAAAAUGCAGUAAAGAGCUUGGUGUCUACUGCUAUUAUUGAUCCUAAUGUGAAAGGGGGAGUUAGAUGGCCACUUGGAAAGGAAUCAAUUGGCGAGAGGUUCAGCAUAGUUGGGGUGUGGCACACGGACUACAAAGCUUUCAGAAACGAGACCAUGAGGCUCAAGCUAAGGCAUGCUGACAGAUUCGAUCACCGUACCUCGACUGGGGGAGUUUCUGAUGAAGUUACAUUCAAACUAACUGCUAUAUCUUGCAAACUGGAGGAAGAUGAUCUGGCGGAGAGCGCUGUGAAAGAGAUGCUGGAGUCUGCGGUCCAAAUGCUAUGGGACAAUGCGCUCAACUACCGGGUCGUGCCUUGAGCUCCGGUUAUGCAGACAAUAGUUCUUCCUUGAAGAUGCAAAGCGACAUGAUUUCUUUGAGCCCCUCCUGUCCUGUACUAGUACUGAACAAGAGAACUCCUAAACACAACUGACGCUGGGGCUGCCCACGCACGCCAUCAAAAAAAUAAAAAUAAAGUAGCGUUGGGUUAGCUUGGCUGGUUCCCGGUCAUUCGGUCCAACGUAGUUCGGUUGUCGA